UAUCUUAUAUAUAUAAAAUCUAAUGUCAGAUUUUUGUCCGCGAUGGACGCCGAAACUACUGAACCGAAUUUUAUGAAAUUUGGCAUAAAUGUGCGAUUAGGUCUAACUUAGAACAUAGGAUAGUUUUUAUUUUGAUUGAUGGCCUUAUUUAUUUUUUAUAAUAUAAAAUAAAUAAAUAUAAAUAAUUAUUUUCUCAUAGAUGGCGUUAUGAAACGGUAUUAAAGUUAUGUAAGUGUCCAAUAGAUAGCGCCUGUCCACGUGUAUUUUCUUUCAAUAAUUGUAAUUGUAAUGACAAUAGAACGAUCAAGAAUCUUCGCGACGGAUAGGCAACCAAAAUACAUAUAUGCACGAAUAUUCUCGAUCGGCCAUAAAAAGAAUAUUCUAGACCCACUACACACUAUAAAACGGCGCAACAUAAUUAUAACGAUAUAUAUUUUGUGUUUGUAAUAAUUUGUGAUCUCUGCUAAGACACGUUAAUUUUUUUGUAAAUUUUGCGUAUAUAUUACUGAAUAACAUCGCGCAAAUUGAUUUGGAUAUUGAUUAAGUAAGUUCGACUUUAUUUCUUUUUAUCUUUUGUAUGUAUUUAAUUAUUAAUUGAACAUAUUUAUAUUUAUUUUAAAAAAAAAUUAUCAUAGUUCAAAUAAUACUUAUAAUAGUAGUAUUAUAAGUAUUAUUAUAAUAAUUUUAUGUUAUUUUUUCAUCGUAACCGGUUCGAAAUUUAUUUAUUUAAUAUUUUUGUAGUAAAAUGCCACCGAAAAAAUCGAACCUUUCCGCGAGUAGUAGAGAGGCACGGCGCAAACGUGCAAAAAGAAGUUUUCGGUCAGCACAGCAACAUGAAGAACAUGAAAGACAGCGAACCAGUCGCGAAUUACAACUUGGAUCAUUUGUUCGUCUUGCCUUUGAAUAUGCACCGGAUAUUAAUUACUCUGCGCAUUCUUUAAUUUCCAUCGGUGAAAUGAACAAAGUAUGCCAAUAUUGUCAGGCGUUGAAAUUCCCCAAUGAAACACCUGGACUGUGUUGCGCAUCAGGAAAAGUUGUACUGGAGCCGCUUCCAUCUCCGCUGGAACCUUUACAAUCACUUCUUGCUGGCCAAUCUGAUGAUUCAAAAUUAUUUUUGAGCAAGAUUCGUAAGUUUAAUUCUUGCUUCCAAAUGACGUCUUUUAGGGCAACAAAAAUUUGUGAUCUCACAUCCGAUGGUAAUUACUUCGAAUCUACAUUUAAGAUACAAGGUCAGGUUUAUCAUCAAAUUGGGUCAUUGAUGCCGAUGCCUGAUACUGAACCGAAGUUUCUGCAAAUCUAUUUUAUGGGAAAUUGUGAAGAACGCGUAUCAACCCGCUGUGUUCAUAAUUUUAUUGAACGAGCAGAUGAGAGAGCAAUUGUGGAAUCAUUGGAAAUUUUUUUAGAAAAUCGAAACCAACUUAUUCAGUUGUUCAAACGUGUAUCGCCACAAUUAUUAAACGACAACUAUCAAAUUGUUAUUAAGGCUGAUAGAGUACCAUCAGGAGAGCAUGCUGGAAGGUUCAACGCGCCCACCGUAGACGAAGUAGCAGUUAUUAUGGCCGGUGAUCCAGCUGACAGCCGAGCCAUCAAAAUUACACGUCGAGACAACACCAUAAGCAUAAUUUCAGACACUCACCGUUCCUACGAUGCACUACAAUAUCCGCUGAUAUUUUGGGCAGGACAGGAUGAAUAUCACAUUAAUAUUAAACAGCGUAAUUCAACUACUGGUCGUGAAACAAACAAAAAAGUUAGUUCAAUGAACUACUAUGCCCAUCGAUUGAUGAUAAGACGUAAUCAGGAUAAUUAUAUUCUUCGAUAUCGCCAGCUAUUCCACCAAUAUGUUGUCGAUAUGUACGCAAAGAUUGAAAGUGAACGUUUGCGAUAUAUUCGAUUCAAUCAGGCUAAAUUAAGAUCAGAAGAAUACAUCCACUUACGAGAUGCUAUUAAUGGACAUGUCGAUGAACAAAUAAAUAUAAACGAUAUAGGUAAUGCAUUUAUUUUACCCUCGAGUUUUAUUGGUAGUCCACGGCACAUGCAGGAAUAUACACAAGAUGCAAUGACUUAUGUACGUCAUUACGGCCGUCCAGAUUUAUUUAUUACAUUUACAUGUAAUCCGAAAUGGGAAGAAAUAAAAAAUCUGCUAUUACCAGGCCAACAAUCGACACAUCGUCAUGAUAUUACUGCGCGCGUGUUCAAACAAAAAUUAAAAUCAUUGAUGAAUUUCAUUGUGAAAUAUUCGGUUUUUGGUGAAGUACGUUGCUGGAUGUAUUCAGUCGAAUGGCAAAAGCGCGGUUUGCCCCAUGCACAUAUCCUGAUUUGGCUUGAAGAUAAAAUCCAUCCAGAAGAAAUUGAUCAAAUAAUUUCUGCCGAAAUUCCAGAUCCAUCAAUCGAUCAGGAAUUAUUUCAUAUUGUUACCAGUCACAUGAUUCACGGACCCUGUGGUGUUUUCAACAUGAUAUCUCCAUGCAUGGAGGAUGGAAAAUGUAAAAAAAAAUUCCCAAAACAAUGUAUUAAUGAUACUAUUACAGAUAUUGACGGUUAUCCAUUGUAUCGACGUAGAAACGCUGAGAAUGGUGGCCACACAUUCACGAUGCGAAUGUCAAAUGCUAUCGAAGUUGAAAUCGAUAAUCAAUGGGUGGUACCAUACUCACCACUACUUUCAAAAACAUACAAAGCUCAUAUAAAUGUUGAGUUUUGUAGUUCUGUGAAGUCUAUAAAAUACAUUUGCAAAUACGUUAACAAAGGCAAUGAUUUGGCAGUAUUCGAAGUUCAAAAUGUAAAUAAAAAUGAUGAAAUAACACAGUACCAAAUGGGUAGAUAUAUCAGUAGUAAUGAAGCUAUCUGGCGCAUAUUUAGUUUUCCUGUACACGAUAAAGAGCCAGCUGUGCAGCAUCUUGCUGUACAUCUUGAAAACGGACAACGUGUAUAUUUCACUAAAGAAAAUAUUUUCCAACGAGCACUUCAGCCACCGAAAACAACACUUACUGAAUUUUUCACAUUGUGUCAAAAAACCGAUGUUUUUGGCCAGUUCGCACGCACACUAUUGUAUACAGAAGUUCCACGUUAUUUUACAUGGAACACAUCAGGCAAAAAAUGGGAGCCACGUAAGCAAGGUGAACCACAUCCAACAAUCCCCGGUGUAUUAAAAGCCAAGACAUUAGGACGACUUUACACAGUACAUCCAAAACAACGUGAAUGUUUCUUUUUACGUUUGUUGUUAAUCAAUGUUCCAGGACCCACAUCUUUUGAAUUUUUGCGCACCGUUAACGGUCGAGUGUUUAAUUCAUAUCAAGAUACAUGUCGCGUAUUGAAAUUGCUGGAAGACGACAAUCAUUGGGAUCUCACGCUUGCUGACGCAGCGUUAGUAUCCACGCCAAAUACCAUUCGUCAACUGUUUGUAAUUAUUUUGACAACAUGUUAUCCAACACGAUCAUCGACUUUAUGGGAAAAAUACAAAAACUAUAUGACUGAAGAUAUUCUGCACCGAAUAAGACAGACAACUCAAAAUCAAGAUCUAGAUUACACGCCAGAAAUGUAUAACGAAGCAUUAAUGUUGAUUGAGGAUUCAUGUAUUCUAAUUUCUAAUUUACCACUUGCUCAUUAUGGUUUGCCGUCGCCUAAUCGCCCGGCCAUCGACUUGGUUAACACUGAUGUUCUGCGAGAAAAACAAUAUAAUAACGUUGAAUUAGCUGCAUUUGUUACAAAUAAUGAACCUCUAAUGACAGCUCAACAAAAAAAUAUUUAUACUCAAAUUAUGAUGGCUGUUGAUGCUAAACAAGGUGGCUUCUUUUUCUUAGAUGCACCAGGUGGAACUGGUAAGACAUUUUUAAUAUCUAUUAUCUUAGCAAAGAUACGAUCGCAAGGAAAAAUUGCUCUAGCAAUUGCAACGUCGGGCAUUGCGGCCACUCUGUUAGAUGGUGGGCGAACGGCACAUUCAGCACUCAAGCUGCCAUUAGACAUUCAUAAUAAACCAUAUGCAAUAUGUAACAUAAAAAAAAUAAGCGGAAUGGCUACAGUAAUGCGAAACAGUUCGAUAAUUAUUUGGGAUGAAUGUACAAUGGCCCACAAACAUGCAUUGGAAGCAUUGCAUAGAACUUUACAAGAUUUUAAUGGCAAUGACAAACUAUUCGGUGGUGCUGUUUUACUAUUGUCUGGUGAUUUCCGACAGACAUUGCCAGUUAUUCCACGCUCUACUUUUGCCGAUGAAAUUAAUGCGUGUUUAAAACAGUCAUUUUUAUGGCAAAAUGUCGAAACAGUUCGAUUGACCAUUAACAUGCGUGUGCAAUUGCAAAACGACUCAUCAGCACAAAUAUUUUCUGAGCAAUUGCUGGACAUUGGCAAUGGUAGAAUAACAUUGCAUCCAAAUACACAAUGCAUUAAAUUGCCAGAUAACUUCUGCACAUUUGUCGAGACAAAAUCAGAAUUGAUCGAAAAGGUUUUCCCGGCUAUACUGAAUAAUUACACAAACCACGAUUGGCUUAGUGAGCGUGCAAUCUUAGCCGCAAGAAAUGUCGAUGUCGAUGAAAUUAACUUCCACAUACAGCAGUUGAUACCGGGUGAUAUGGUAUCGUUUAAGUCGAUCGAUAGUGUUGUUGAUGAAGACGAAGCUGUACAAUACCCAACAGAAUUUUUAAACUCUCUGGAUAUACCAGGAAUGCCACCACACAAUCUACAGUUAAAAAUUGGAUCACCGAUUAUUUUAUUACGUAAUUUGAAUCCACCCAGACUAUGCAAUGGUACACGUUUGGUCAUCAAAAAAAUUACCGGAAAUAUUAUUGAAGCAACCAUUUUAACAGGAAGAUUUAAAGGGGAAAUUGUUCUAUUGCCACGUAUCCCAAUGAUUCCGUCAGAUACCACAUUACCAUUCAAAAGGCUUCAAUUUCCUGUUCGAUUAGCAUACGCAAUAACCAUUAACAAGUCUCAAGGCCAGACAAUGUCCGUUUGCGGUUUAGAUUUAGAAAAUCCAUGCUUCUCCCACGGUCAACUUUAUGUUGCAUGUUCACGGGUUGGUAAACCGUCAAAUUUGUUUAUAUUAACUAAAAACAAAUUAACUAAAAAUAUUGUACACCAAAUAGUACUCAAUUAAAUAUUAUUAUCUAUAUAACUGUUUGGAAAAAAAAAACAACCUUUAAUACUAAUUCAUUUUUUAAAAAUGUUCGAGUUUCAGUUAAAUAAACAAUAAUAUCAACAAACAUUUUUUUGGUCGUUCAUCAUUGAAAAAUUGUGUUCAAUGAUUAUCUCCGAUAACUCAGAUUCAAAAAUUUUAUAAGUAUUUGCAUGGUUAUGCUACAUAUUUGAAAAUAAUAUAUUAAUAUAAUAUUAUAUAAUAAUAUAUUAUAUUAAUCAAGCCACACCCAAACGUGGCCGGGUCAGCUAUUUAUGUAUAAAACAAUUUAAACGGCAAAACAACGUUUGCCGGGACAGCUAGUAUAUAUAU